CGAUUUUUGGCUUUUGUAUUUGUGCACCGCGCGCCUGGGGUUAUCACUGUUGCGUACCCAAGGGGAUUGCAAGAAUCGCGGAAUGUUUAGUGGUGAUCUAGAUUGUCUGCUCGUAAAUUGAAUUGAUUUGAUGAGUGACAAAACGAGAAGUAGUUUCUCUGAAUGCAUAAAUUUGAUUUAAGUUACAGAUAUUUAUGAUGUGUUUUCACUCUUUCAAACUUCUGGAAAACUAGCUUCUUGAACAGUGGCUAAGUCAUGAUCAAGAUUUAGGGGAUGGCUUGAUGGAAAUAAUGGCUUGACAAAUACCGGUAGACGGUGUUGGAGAAAUGAUUAUAUUAUUUAAUGAUUGAUUCAAGCUUUUCUUGUCAUAUUCUGAAAGUGACGACCAUGUGAAAUAUUGAAAAUUUUGAGUUUUAAUACGUUUAGCUAUCAAAGAUACUGUAGCAUUUGAAAUGGUGCGUGGAUUGGAAGAAGAAAAUGAUGGAAUAGUAUAGGGACCUAUAGCUGUAAUUGCUUGGUUGUUAGUUGAUACUUGAUAGCAGUUGCUUGUAUUCAUAUUGCAUUAGGAUUGCAUUUCAUAAGUUCAAGGACGUUGGUAUUGUUUAUUAGGAAGUCCAACUUGAUGACAUGAUAGACAAGACGACAAUUCUGAAUCACAGAUUGGCCUCUUCGAUUCUAUCAAUUGUUACUGAAUGAUUUCAUUUAUGUUCUCUAAAUUGGUAUGGACUCAGGUAAAAGAUGUCGGUUGUGAACGUGGCCAAUGUGAGACUUCCCGCAGCUUCCUUGUCUAGAACCACACCCACAAGGAGACCUUGUGCUCUAUUUAAGAGUGGGUCAUCCUUAGGCUCUGUGAAGUGUGUUUCGAAGCUAUUUGGGUUGAAAUCUGAAUCCUUCAGAGUUUCUGCCAUGGCUGUGUACAAAGUGAAACUGAUUGGACCUGAUGGCACUGAGAAUGAGUUUGAAGCUCCUGAUGACUCUUACAUUCUAGACUCAGCUGAAAAUGCAGGCGUGGAGCUACCUUACUCGUAGAGCGGGGCCUGCUCUACUUGUGCCGGCCAAGUGGUUACAGGAUCUGUGGACCAAUCAGAUCAAUCCUUUCUGGAUGAGAAGCAGAUGGAGCAGGGCUAUAUUCUGACCUGUGUUUCAUAUCCAACAUCAGAUUGUGUGGUUCACACCCACAAGGAGAAUGAGCUCUGCUAAUCAAAUUUACGGUUUUGAUUAGUUUCACAUGAGCUUGAAUAUGUGUCAGUCUAGUAAGGAAAUGUGAGACUGUUCUGGUUCUUGUGCUUGUUUCAGAGUGAUUUCAUAAUGAUCAUGAGAUUGAACCCCAGAUUAUGUUGGGACGACAACUUCGUCGAUAUAAUAAAAGCUGUGAUAAAUUAUAGAGCAGCGUUAUUUCUUAUUA